UAGUUUACUUGUAGACGAGCUACGAAGCAGUGGUGUAUUUUCGUGUUUCCCUCAGUAUCUGAGUGUGUGAUAUCGGCAGCCAAACCGAAAAAUAGAAGACGACCAAGCGGUGUGCGCGCGUUCUCAUUAAAUGUACAACAAAAUUGCAACAACGAAUACAAACUUAUAGCAAAAAAUCGACUCCCGUCCCCGAUCGUUCUCGUAUCGCUCGUAGCGAUAGCAGUCUCGGUUUCGUCAACGUAUGCGCGUUUUCGACCAGCUCAACACCCGAUUUCGAUGUUUUUUCUAGCUUAAAAUAUAAGCGAACUGUGGAUUAAUUGCUUAAUUUAAUUUAAUAAAGAAUUCUAUGGCAUUUAUUUCGAAGUCAAUUAAUAAUUGAACUCCCGCCCGUGUAGCCUUAUUGGUUGCCGAUCCUCCGCAUAGUUGUUGUUUUUUUUUAAUCCCCUACAGCUUCGAAAACAUUACGAAAACGGAUCUAAAGCGUUGUCUUCGUACCCACGAACAUCGAUGUGUCUGUUCCAGUAAAAUACAAAAUUGCAUAAGCAAAAUUUGUCUACAUUCAAAUACGACCACGUACGCACAACAACGUCGUCCGCAUUUGAAAUUCCAUAAAAAGCGAAAAAAGCGAAAGAGGAAAAAGUAAAAAAAAAAAGUGUGCUGGUGCAGGAAAAUAUAUAUACGUGAAAAUUUAUACGGUUGAAAAUAAAAAUGAACGACGAAUAGCUGCAGCAAAAAGUUGCGCUAUUUUGGGAAAUUUAAAAAGCAUUUGGCUGUUUCGGUAAAGUAAACAAGUGCAAUGUGACUGUUUAGAAACGCCACGUUUCCUUUCAUAAAUAUCCAUAAUUAAAUUUUCGAAAAAUUUGUGCGCCGCGUGCAAUAAAACCGAAUCAAGGACACUCAGUGCAUGCGUCCUCAGUGUCAGUGCGAAAUACUGCAACCCAAAAACAACAACUGAAACAGUGCCUUCCAAACUGUGCUUUUCUACAACUGAGUUUGUUAAGCCAAUUAGCGGCAUUUUAAAAUAAAAUAAAACAAAAAAUCGAGAAACCCAAAAUCGAAAAGUGUGAACAGCCAAGGCAAAACAGGCAACGCAUAACAAAGCCGCCUAAGCCGCCACAAGUGCAGUGUAAACUGCUAGAAAGAGUGCAAAACAGCAGCAACAACAGAAACUUUCUAACCAAUUCACCAAGAGCAAGUGUCUGCGCGCACCAUUUCAACCCUGAUGGCAACAACAGCACCGGCCAGCGCCCCCCUGAUCAGCCACAGCAGCUCAGACAGCAGCAGCAGUAGCAAGCCGAUUACCAUACCCUUGCUCGAGCGCUUCUCCAGUCAAGUGUCCACCGGUUCGGCCGACAGUGGCGUCGUUGUUGGCGGCAAUUCCUCAUCCAGUACUAAUGUGGCCGCAGCUGUCAAAAAGAAUCGCACCACAGCGAACAACUGUUCACUGGACACCCGCUGUAAUUCGCUUUGUCUGCAUGGCUCGAACGCCAAAUGGCAGCUGCAGAAGCUCAAGCAGCCCACCAACAAGCAGCUGCUCUCGCAGGAUAGCGGCAUAGAUGCCGUCGUCGAUGGCAGCGGUAGCGGUGGCGCAUUGGCCGUAGAUGGCGACGCGGACUCGACUGCCGGCUCGCAGCAGCAUCUCAAGUCAACGCAAUGCUCGUCGUCGAGCAGCGAGUCGCUGGGCGGCAAUUCGUCCGGCCUGUCGCUCUCCAAGUACUCAGAAGAUGGCGGCGAGUCGGAGCACUCGUCGGGCAUUGGCAUGAGCUUGAGUAGUGGCAGCGGUGGGCGUCGCAUCAAGUAUCGCAGUAGCGCCAGCACCUGCACGCAGGGUCUCGAGGACCGCAUCGAAGAGGUGGACAUACCCGAAGAUUAUGAUGACGACGAUGUAGUCGAUGUUGGUGAUGAGGAUGAGGACGUUGACGUGGACGACGAUGAGCUGGACGUGGGAGUCGGCGAUGACGAGGAUGUGGACGUCGAUGAAGAUGACGAUGACAGUGAUAGCGACAGUGACAGUGGCAGCGAUUCCGGUAACAACUCGGGCGUUGUCGGCGAAUCCGGCAGCGUCUCAGUGCCCGCUGCGGCUACAACACUCAACGGUUCGUUCGGAAAAAUUGUGCCGACCAAAUCCCUGCAAGCCGCCAAGGAUGCCUCGGCUCCUAACCACCAUUUGGGCGUCAAAUCGUCCGUGCAUGCGCAGUGCGCCUCAGCGCCGGUAGGCAGUGUCACUUACUCUACGUCCCUCCUCAAAGCCAAUGAAACAAAUAAGCCAACCACUAGCAGUAGUAAUCAUCAUAAUAACCUAAACAAUAAUCGUAGUAGUAGCACUAGAGAUCAUAGUAGUAAUAGUAGUAGCAAACCGCAAGCAGCCACUAAGUCCACAAACCCCGAAUCACAAGUAUUGGCCACUGAUGGCAAUUAUUAUUUCCCGCUGCUGAAAAUCUCCGACGAUCCGUAUAUCGAUUCGAAAUUGAUCAACAAGAAGGAUGGCCUCCAAGACACCAUGUACUAUCUGGACGAGUUCGGCAGUCCGAAAUUGCGUGAGAAAUACGCACGCAAGCAGAAGGAGAAGGAACAGAAGCAACAGAAGGCGCAAAGGAAACAAAGUAAGCGCGAAGACGAGCGUAAGAGGCGCACAACGUUGACCUCAAAUGCCGCCGCCACUGCUGCCACGACUGACAAGAAACCAAUCACCAAUGGAUCGACUAUGGCAUCCAAAAAACAACGCAAUGUCAUAGACGAUGCGACAAACUGUGAUGAUAGCUAUAAGGAUCAUAGGCAAAGUAGUAAUUGUAAGCACAAAUGCGGCGGCGGAGGUGCUGGACACGAAAAGAAGGCGCUGGCAGCAGCCACCGGAGUGGGCGAGAGCCGCCAACAGGCAGAUACGCGCAUAACAGCGAGCAACAAGUCGCUGUCCGUCGCAUCCUGCGUCAGCUGGAACAAAAUGUUUCGCAAGUUUAAAACUGUCUUAGGCAGAGAUGGUUCCAAGAUUACAACAGUCGUUGCCACGCCUGGCCAAGGUACGGACCGCGUGCAAGAAGUUUCCUACACAGAUACCAAGGUGAUUGGCAAUGGCAGUUUCGGUGUGGUCUUUCAAGCGAAAUUAUGCGAUACCGGCGAGCUGGUAGCUAUCAAAAAAGUUUUACAAGACAGACGAUUUAAGAAUCGUGAAUUGCAAAUUAUGCGUAAACUGGAGCAUUGUAACAUUGUAAAACUUUUGUAUUUUUUCUAUUCGAGUGGUGAAAAGCGUGAUGAAGUGUUUUUGAAUUUAGUCCUCGAGUAUAUACCAGAAACCGUAUACAAAGUGGCACGUCAAUAUGCCAAAACUAAGCAAACGAUACCAAUUAAUUUUAUACGGCUCUAUAUGUAUCAACUGUUCAGAAGUUUGGCCUACAUCCACUCCUUGGGUAUCUGUCAUCGUGAUAUCAAACCACAAAAUCUGCUCUUGGAUCCAGAGACGGCUGUGCUAAAGUUAUGCGAUUUUGGCAGCGCUAAGCAAUUGUUGCACGGUGAACCGAAUGUAUCAUAUAUUUGCUCGCGAUAUUAUCGUGCACCGGAGUUAAUAUUUGGCGCCAUUAAUUACACUACAAAAAUUGAUGUGUGGAGCGCCGGCUGUGUAUUAGCUGAAUUACUGCUCGGUCAACCGAUAUUCCCCGGUGAUUCUGGUGUCGAUCAAUUGGUUGAGGUUAUCAAAGUUUUAGGCACACCGACACGAGAACAAAUACGCGAAAUGAAUCCAAAUUACACGGAAUUUAAAUUUCCACAAAUUAAAAGUCAUCCAUGGCAGAAAGUUUUCCGUAUACGCACUCCGACAGAAGCUAUCAAUCUGGUAUCGCAACUGCUCGAGUAUACGCCAAGUGCACGUAUAACGCCACUAAAGGCCUGCGCACAUCCAUUCUUCGACGAACUGCGUCAGGAGGGCAACACUACAUUGCCCAAUGGACGGCCUAUGCCCCCAUUAUUUAAUUUCACAGAGCAUGAACUUUCGAUACAGCCAAGCCUAAUCCCACAAUUGUUGCCAAAACAUCUGCAAAAUAACAGCGCAGGUCGACCGGUCGCCGGUGCUGGUGGCGAAGGUGCUUCUGGCUCAGCAUCAAAUCCGUCAAGUGGCGCCGGUACGCCAGGCGGCGCAACUUCCCAAGCAACUUCAGGCACACAAUCGAGCGCUUUGGCUAACGCCAACAGCAGCGGCGGCGCCGGAGCAGCGGCCACCACAUCGUCCAGCGCUUCAGUAGCAGCAGCAGUCGGUGGCAAUACCGCGAGCGGUGGUGCGCCUGCAGCGUCUUCAGCAGCGCAAGCGAGCGGAGGCAGCGGUGAUGCGGGCAAUAGCAACAAUGGUGGCAAUCAGCAACAGGCGAGCGGUAGCGGUGCGGCAGCGGCAGGCGCGGACGAAGUCGCAUCGAACGCUGGGGAUGGGAAUGGCGGCGACGGUGGCGCCAGCAAUAACAGCGGGGGCGGCAACGGCACGCAGCCGCAACAGACAGCGACGACAAUGGGUUAGCGAGCUGUAAUCGAAGUAUAUGGAGGGCCUAUUAAUUCUAAUAAGAAUAAUUAAAUUUAAAUAAUAAAGAAAAAAGGAAACAUUUAAAAA